AUGGAUAAGAGUUGGGUUCAUUUGAAUAAAGGAACACCUGAAUAUGAGAAGGGUAUGGAUACAUUUUUAGAUAUCGCCUUUUCUUGUGAAGGGGUUACUGAUAAAAUACGGUGUCCGUGUUGUAAGUGCAACAAUGUCUAUUUUAAGGAUAAAAGUGAUGUUAAGUUCGAUUUAUUUAGAUGGGGGAUGGAAAAAAGUUACACUAAAUGGAUUUACCAUGGUGAAAGCUUAAACGACGUGCCUAUUGAUGAUGGAGUUGAGGCAAAUGAUGAUAAUAAUGCAGAAAAUGAUGAUGCUGCCACAUUUGAAAUGUUGUAUAACAUGUCAAGAGGUGGAGGUUUUGGGGAUAUCCUUGCAGGUAUCGGGGAGCACUUCGAUAAUUGUGAUCCUGAACAACCAAAUGAGGAGGCCAAAAAAUUUUACCAAUUGUUGAAGGAUGCAGAGCAGAAGCUAUACCCGAACUUUGAUAAGGGGCUGAAUGGAUUGUUAGAUUUUAUAAGAUUUAUUCUUCCACCAGACAAUACAUGUCCUGCAUCUAUGAGGGAGGCUCGAAAGAUGGUUUCAGCUCUUGGGUUAAUGUACAAAAAAAUAGAUGCAUGUGUUAAUGAUUGCGUUUUAUUUUGUAAGGAAAAUUCAGUGAUGGACCAAUGCCCAGAAUGUGGAGAAGCUAGAUGGCAAAAAGUUCCAGAAGUUGUAGGCAAUGAGGUACCAAUAUUCAAGAAAAAAAAGAAGAGGGUACCGCGAAAGCUUUUACGUUACUUUCCACUAAAACCACGUCUUCAACAAUUGUUUAUGUCAAAAGAAACAGCUUCAGCUAUGAGAUGGCAUAGGGAUGAACGAGAAAAUGAUGGAAUUCUACGACACCCGGCAGAUUCAAAAGAAUGGAAAGAUUUUGAUGAUAAACAUCCAUCCUUUGCUAUAGAAUCUCGCAACGUGAGACUUGGACUAGCGAGUGAUGGUUUCAAUCCAUUUGGAACCAUGAGCAUUUCACAUAGCACUUGGCCUGUUGUCAUGAUCCCCUAUAACUUGCCUCCUUGGCUUUGCAUGAAACAUUCAUAUUGGAUGUUAUGUUUACUUAUUCCUGGACCAAAAUCUCCAGGUAAUGACAUAGACAUAUACUUGGCACCACUGAUUGAUGAUUUGAAAGACCUAUGGGAAGUUGGUAUCCAAACAUUUGAUGCUUCUUUACAACAAAAUUUUCAGCUUCGUGCAAUGUUAUUGUGGACGAUAAAUGAUUUCCCUGCUUAUGCCAUGAUGUCUGGUUGGAGCACAAAAGGUGAGUUGGCAUGUCCUUGUUGUAAUAAAAAUACUUGUUCUUAUAGAUUAAAGCAUGGUCGAAAGCAUUGUUAUAUGGGUCACCGAAGGUCCUUGUCUCAUGAACAUCCUUGGCGAAAAAAUCGGCGUUUAUUUGAUAAUCAUAUGGAACAUCGUUAA